AUGGUGUUCGAAAUGGAGUCCAUACAAGGAGGGUGGAAGAAGGGGGACUAUGAGAAGUUUCCUGACGACAGCAACUACCACUCGGACUCUGCUAUUCCUCCCCGCGAUUUUCAUGUGAAUCCUCCACAAAGAGUGCCAAUUCCUGUGCGCGCGCCCGUGCCAGAAGUUGUCACGAGGAGGUCAGCGAAGGAGACUUCUCGGAGGAAUGGUCCUGUUAAGAAAGACCUUCACUCUGCGUUGCUCCGUCUUGACAACGCAAGGGUGAGGAAGGCGCGUAAAAAGCACAUCGCCAGGGCCCAGCGAGAUGAAGACGAAGUGCGUCUGUUCCGCGGGACAGUCUCCUGCAUCUGCACAUGCAUGGAGCUGCAGACUGAGAAGUUACUCCCUGCUCUGAGGGAGGAGUUUGAGAAACGAUCAAGGACUCGGUCGGACAGCGACCUUGACUUCAAGCAAGCAGCAGGAGGUGUGCCGGAGCAAGCAGCGGCUAGCGGCAAGAAGGACAGUGAACAAACCCCUUUGCGGAAUUACCUCAAGGGAGAGUGGAAGUUUAAGAUGUACACUGACGUCCUGCAUGCUCAUGCGACGUUCGAGGCGGACGAGUUUGUGAAUGCUGCCAAGGCAGAGAUGAAGGGAGCAGCUUCCAAAACAAGAGAUAUCGAGAUGCAGACGUUGAGGAAGCUGAGGAAAACCUCGCAAGGGAACUCGCCGCCGGGUCACACUGUUGACAUGGAGGAGAAAAUCCUCUCACACCAGCACGAUAAGGACCUGAGCUCCGAGAACGACCCGCAGCUCUGGGCCCCUGUAGGCAGCGAAGGCCUUGAGCCGCCCCCGCUCGAGGGGAGGAGGAUAAAGCGAGUUGUGUCGAACCAGCUGGGUGAGGCGAUGAGCGACGGAGAAACUUCAGACGUGAUGCAAGCAGACGACGAAGAUGGGUACCUCCAAGAUGCAGACAGCUGGAUAUACCGAUGUCUUGUUUUCUGGGGAUUGGAGCCGGAAGAAGAGCAAUUCUUCAUCAAUUUCGUCAAGGAUUUUGAGGACGAUCCGAUCCCUGACGAGGGUCAAGAGAGAGAUGAUAUGACUUUCUUCUAUGGAACGCGCACUCGUUUGUACAAUGACCAGGUCCAACUCGCCACCAACAGUCCGCUCGAGAAGCUCUCAAUAUCGUUCGCACUCGCGCAGUCCACAAAACUGUCGGUUUUGGAGUUGCGGGUGGAAGAGACUUUUGAGAACACGAGAGCUUAUCCGCAGGAGCUUGCCGAGACUGGACAAAUCUCAUUGUCACAGGUCAAUCUCGAAUCCGACAUGCUCUCCACUCCAGACUUCUUCUGGGAGAACGACGAGUGGGAACCAAUCUUCCGCCAUGCCGGCAAGUACCUCGAAAUCGACGGGCGAGUUGGCGUCCUCAACAAGCGCAUGGAGGUCUUAGAUGGAAUGUUCCAGAUGCUCAAAGACCAGCUCGAGGUCCGCCAUGCUACUCGUCUUGAGUGGAUCGUCAUCUGGCUCAUCGUGGCUGAAGUUGGUCUCGAGCUUGUCUGGAACAUCCUCAUCCACGAUAUUUUGGGCUUCUUCAAUCGCUGCGACUAG